AUGAAGAUUAUUGCGUUAGACACGAAUAUCGUGAAGAGCUUAUCGUGGAGGUUGUCCAACGUCAUCGAGGCCGUCUGGUUCACAUUUGCAGCCAUAGUCAAGGGUCUGGGGCUAUCCCCGAGCAUCUCACCCAAGGUGCCGGGGAUACUGGAUGCGAAGCUCAAGAGCGAGCUUCUCUGGGAGAAUGAAGUGGUGUCUUGGACCGUGACACUCAUCUCUCGCGGGGUCUCCUUCGUACUUCUCCGGCUGUGUGGAGGGCUCGAUACUGACGCAGCUGGAGGCAAGGAUAGGGUCCCGACAGACUGGCCGAGCGUGGUACCGGCUAUGGAUGGAUAUCAGCGUGAAGCGUGUCGGAAGGCGGAAGAGGUAACCAUGAACAUUGUCGCCGCCCAUGCCGCUCAUUUGAAGGAUGUCCGCCUCGUGUACGAUACUCUUGCGGUCGUUUAUGGAGACACCCCUCAGAUUGAUGGGUGCAACAAGGAUAAUUACGUGGACGUGGGCAUUCCCACUCAAAUCUCCGACGGCUGA